AUGCUCAAAACGUCAGUCGCUGCUUCGCCAGCGUACAUGAACUUGGCUCAACAGUACCAGGAUUCCUUGCUGCAGGGAGACGAGGGUCUGUUAGCAUCAAAUCAGUCGCAUCAUGCUGAUUCCACAGUCAAGUAUAUUACCUUCAAUCAGGACUCCACCUGUGUGGCUGUUGGUUUAAAUAAUGGGUACAAAGUGUACUCCAUGAAACCCAGUCUUGCAAAAUGUCAUCUGCUAAAAAAAGAAGAGGCAGUGGGCAUCGUGGAGAUGUUGUAUUGCACUUCGCUUUUGGCUAUAGUGGCAUUGGGCGACGAGCCCGGCUCGCUGCCUAGGAAGCUCAAGAUAGUCAAUACCAAAGAUAACAGCAUAAUAUGCGACUUGAUAUUUCCCACUGCUAUUUUGGCGGUCCGCCUUUCUCGCCAUAGAGUGGUUGUCCUCUUGGAAGAGCAAAUAUACAUCUACGACAUCCUCAGCAUGCAAUUACUACACACCAUCGAAACAAGUCCAAACACAAAUAGAUUAUGUGCAUUGUCGGAUGAUUUUGAAGAAGGUUCCUCCCCGGAUACAUCAAUGGGUUCACGCUCGUCGGCAUCUUUCUUGGCCUAUCCAUCGCCUCCUAAAACUGUGGCCCAUGAAUCGCUCAUUGUGAAUGCCAAUGCGAGUGGAAACGUAAACUCUUCCAAUGUUAAUGCUCAAGCGGGAACCAGGGUUCCUAAGAGAGUGGGUGACGUGAUCAUCUUCGAUCUUCACGCGCUACAGCCAGUUGUCGUCAUUGAAGCCCACAAGUCUGGAUUGGCUGCUUUAUGUCUUUCGAGAGAUGGCCAUCUUCUUGCCACAGCAUCAAACAAGGGUACUAUCGUUCGAGUCUUCAGCGUUGAUAGUGGUGAGAAGCUUUACCAAUUCCGCCGAGGCACAUACCCCACGAAAAUUUACUCUCUAUCGUUCAGCUCAGACAACAAAUACGUUGUUGCGACUAGUUCAAGCGAAACAGUUCAUAUUUUUAGACUCGGCGAGGAUGAGCUUCUAGCUAAUAAGCAAAAACGGAAGAGAGAGUCUAAGACGAAAAAGAUGCGCCUCAACCCCGAAUAUACCAUCAAUGAGGAGGACGAAGACUCCUUGAAAAAGGCAGAAGAGGAAGAGGAUUUCAUUGAGGAUGAUGGUGAUGAUAGUGAUGCGGAAGGAGACGGUGAUAAUGGUAACAUACAGAAUGCAAUGGACGCUGGAAGUCAUCGAAAGCUCUCACAAGGAUCCACCAACUCGCUAAAUAGUGGCACAUCAGGCUUCUCAAAUAUCAGUGGAAAUACCGAGGAGCAUAAAGAAAAGAACGAGCCCGUCGUUGACCAAAGCAGGCUUUCCGUUGCACGACUUAUACGUCGCUCGUCUCAAAAUCUUGGAAGAAAAGCAGCACAAAAAAUGGGUGACUUCCUUCCAUCUCGAUUCUCAUCCAUCUUGGAGCCAACUAGGCAUUUCGCAUCGCUUAAAAUACAGACUAUUGAUAAGGACGUGAAGUCUAUAGCCACGAUGAAUGGCGAAAUUCAGGAAGACUUGGUGCCUCCUAACUAUAUGCUUUCAAAGGAUGCUGCAGACUCAGGCACCCGUCCGACGGUAGGAUCUCCUACAUCAAGUGCAUCAAAUAAGGAUUUGGUUCUGUUAGAGCUUGUCCACAUCAACGUGGUUACUUCUGAGGGAUUCUUUUAUACUUACGGCCUUGAUCCCGAACGAGGGGGUGAUUGCAUUUUACUCAAUCAGGUCUCUUUACUUUCCGAUUAG